CUCUUCAGAAGCAACACUGCUUCGUCAUAAUAAAAAGGCGCGUAAAUAUUUAAUUUGCGAAGCAUCAUUUUCAUUCAUUCCCAAUCGUUUUGAAUGAAAGGUUGUAUAAAGCGAUGCCACGGAAAAGAGGCGCAACUGGCAAGGAAUCUUCCUCGGCUGCUAAAAAAUCAAAAACCGAGCCAGAAGAACUGAAAGAAAACUGUCCAGUUCUCUACAUAGAAUGCUGCCGUUCCUGAUCAGUAUUUAGAAGGCGGGCAGAGGCACUGCACCGCGAAAUCUUAAAUUUGUUAAUAGCAUUUAAACCUAAAAUAGAAUUACAAUUAUCCAUAAAUUUCGAUGGUCCACCUAGGCGAGGAGCAUUUGAGGUGGCCAUAUGCGAAACACCCUCCAGUGAGAUUGAACAACGCAAUCUUAUAUGGACGGGCAUUAAACGUACUCCAAGAGCCCAAAAGUUUCCUGAAGCCAGUGAAAUGGUUGAGCAUAUUACAAAAUAUCUUAAAUUAACUUCCGAUGAUGACUACAAAGUCAAGAAAGAGGAGCAGGAGAAUGAUGAGAAAGUAGAAACUAAAGACAUAAGCAAAGUCAAAGAUGAAAAACCCAUCAAAUCAAAGGGAAAAUCUGUGGCUAAAGGUGAGUCUAAUUCUCCCAACUCCUCCCCAGAAGAUAAUGAAGAGAAGCCUAAGGCCGCAGAAAGCUCAACUUCAGCGAAAUCAUCAAAACGCGGAAGAUUUAAAAAGAAAUAAAAUCAAGCAUUUGCUAUACUCUUCAAAUUCGAUCUAUGAGAAUUUUGUCAUGUUUUAGCACUUAUGACUUUGAUAGUGGUAAAACCUUCAUAGGAGCCCUAUUAAAUGAACUUUUUUUGCUGUCUGGCAAAGCGAUCAUAGAGAGGUUUGUGGAGCAUACAACACUUGAAUAAUUUCUUAAGAAUUAUAAUAAAAUGUUAAGCUAGAAUAGCAUUUAUUGAAAAAAA